CGUCGAAACAGCACGGUUCUCGCACGGCAGCCUGUCACAUAAAGCCAUCCGCCUCCACCGAAGGACAGGGGGAAAAAAUAACAUCAUUCGUGUUUCAGCAGGGUUUAAACUUCUCUCCACUUCUCUCUGACAUAGCAACAUAGAGCCAAGAAAGGAAUGAUUCGCCAGCUGAGCCGCAGCCUAAGCCGUGCUGCCCCUGUUCUCCAUCGCGGCAUCCACUCCGGCACACGUCCGGCCUCCACCGCUGCCGCCAAACUGAAGGUUGAGCGUCCGCUCACCGCUGACGAAAUCUACGCCCGUGAGGAGAAGUACGGCGCACACAACUACCAUCCCCUGCCUGUGGCCUUGGAGAGGGGGGAGGGCAUCUAUGUGUGGGAUGUGGAAGGCAACCGGUAUUAUGACUUCCUGAGUGCUUACAGUGCAGUAAACCAGGGCCACUGUCACCCAAAGAUUGUAGCUGCUCUCAAGGAGCAGGCCUCCAAACUCACCCUGACGUCUAGAGCAUUCUACAACAAUGUGCUGGGAUCCUAUGAGGAGUACAUCACCACCAUGUUUGGCUAUGACAAAGUCUUACCCAUGAAUACAGGUGUUGAAGGUGGUGAGACUGCCUGCAAGCUUGCCCGCAAGUGGGCUUACAAUGUAAAGGGGGUUCCCAAAAACAAAGCCAAAAUAAUUUUUGUAGAGGGAAACUUCUGGGGCCGCACUAUGGCGGCCAUCUCCAGCUCCACCGACCCCAGUAGUUAUGAAGGGUUCGGUCCCUUCAUGCCAGGCUUUGAGCUUGUCCCAUACAAUGACAUCCCUGCACUGGAGAAAGCCCUUCAAGACCCAAAUGUUGCAGCUUUCAUGGUGGAACCCAUCCAGGGGGAAGCUGGGGUGGUGGUCCCAGACCAGGGCUACCUGACCAAAGUCAGAGAACUUUGCACCAAAUACAACGUGCUGUGGAUUGCUGAUGAGGUGCAGACAGGCCUGGCCAGGACGGGCCGGCGUCUGGCUGUGGACCACGAGGAAGUCCGCCCAGAUAUGGUGAUUCUGGGCAAAGCUCUCUCUGGUGGAGUUUACCCUGUUAGCGCAGUGCUGUGUGAUGAUGAGGUAAUGCUGACCAUCAAGCCUGGAGAACACGGGUCCACAUACGGAGGUAACCCCGUGGCUUGUCAGGUUGCUAUCGCUGCCCUUCAGGUGAUGGAGGAGGAGAAGCUGGCAGAGAAUGCUCAAAGGAUGGGAGAGCUACUGCGGGCCGAGCUGCGAAAGCUGCCCAAAGACAUUGUGACAACAGUGAGAGGGAAAGGCCUCCUUAAUGCAGUCGUCAUCAAAGAGACCAAAGACUAUGACGCAUGGAAAGUGUGCUUACGCCUUCGUGACAACGGACUGCUGGCCAAGCCCACCCACGGGGACAUCAUCCGCCUGGCCCCUCCCCUCAUCAUCAAGGAGCACGAGCUGCGCGAAUGUGUCGACAUCAUCCAGAGCACCAUCAUGUCCUUCUAAACCGCAACUGUUCAACAACGCCGACAACCACAAAACAAUCCAUGUUAGCAAUAGCUCCUGCAUGGCCUGUCAAAAACUUACUCAUCAUUUAUUGUUUUUAUUUUUAUUUGUUAUUCAGAAGUAGAGGUUCUUUGAUGGUUCUUACUGUCAAAGGCAGCAAACUGUGUGUGGAGUGUGAGGUUACACUGACACUUUUGUUGUUGGUAAUAAUUCAUUAAUAAUUCAGUCUUCAGUGAAAACCGUUUUUAAUUAUUUUUUAAAAGGGUAAAUGAUUUCACGAAUGGAGCAUGCAGUUUAAAGUUACAAUAACUUUAUGCCUACAAAUGGUUAAGAUAUUCACUCGAUUACAAGUAAUCUACUGCUGUCUACAAACGCAAACCCCGUGAAGCGAUUCGUGUUACAUAAGAGGCCGGCUAGUCCGGGUACUUUUAAUCUCAAGAGCAGGGUUUGUACACAUCAUUAAAAAUACUUGAAAUGCAUUUGAAGUUUUCAGAAUCUGGGCCUCGAAGGACUGCGUAAAAAAACUGUAAUUGCACAAAACUUCUGAGAAAAGCUAAAAGGUCAAGUAGCAUUUCCAGUACAAAUAUGGUCACAGAUCAUAUGCAGCAGUUUAAUUUUUAUUUAACAUAUGUUACGAUAUAUGUUACUGAUGAGGAAAUGCUCUCUGGCUCUUUAAGAUAUAUAAUUUGGUGUAUAUCUGAUGUAGAAGGAUCAGUGAGUGUUAGGACUCAUGCUGCUAGUAAACGCUGGUUUGAUUUUGAGUAUUUACAGUAUCUGUACAUUGUUUUCUUGAACUUUCUGAUGAAUGUUUCAUCUAUUAAAAGAACAAUGUAAACAUUGUCUUUGUGAAG